AUGCUGAAUCUGCUGGAUCAUAUGCCAGAGGAUCUGCCCGUUAGAGACACAGACCCAAUUCAUCUGCUGAAAGGGACUUCACGUAAGAAUGUAAAGGCUAAAUCACAAUUGGGCAAGAAGGGCCAGAAGGAACUAGACAACAGACUCUUUCAUCUUCAUGAAGAACCCAUGUUGGUGAAGGAACUUCCUCCAAAGCAACGAGACAAAAGCAGAAGGCGGAGGACGACCGUGCAGCGAUCCGCCACUGCCCAGCCGGAUUUACGCACUGUAGCUGUGCUCCAGGAUCCUGCUAGGCGGAGGAGGCAACCCUGGGCCUCCCCGACCCUGUGCCCAUCGGCGCCCCCGCGCGCCCCAGCUCCCAGGAGGAAAGCGCAUGUGCAGCGCCUGUGUCUCUCGACCCCGGCAGGCGGUGCACAGUCUGGAGUCAUCGCGGGACGCAGACUGCCCCACACAGCUGGGCCAAAAGACAGGCGCAGCUAUACAGCCCCUCCCACAUUUAAGGGACAUGAGACUGAUGAAAACAACAGAAUGGAAAUAAGCAGUAAAGCCAGCCAACUUGCUGACGUCAUGACUCCUAACUUGUGCUUGUAUAGACAAGCAGAAGAGCCACCCAGGUCUCCUGAGAAAAUGUCGGAACAUGAAAAGCUUGAACAGACAAGCUCCCUGGAGUAUGCUCAGAAGGCUGCAGAGCUAAGAGCUUCCAUUAAGGGGAAUGUGGAGCUGAUUCGGCUCAAGAAGCUCUUAUAUGAAAGAAACGCCACACUGGCAGCGACGGAAGCCCAGUUAACACGAGUUCAAGAGGCAUAUGAAGACUUGCUCCAGAAGAAUCAGGGAAUACUGAAUGCAACCCAUGAUGCCUUCCUCAGCCAAGUGAAGGAGCUCAAGGCAGAGCUGACAGAGGAGAGCAAGAAAGCCAUUAGCUUGAAGACCCAGCUGCAAGAUGCGUCUAUCUUGCAGAUAACGCUGAAGGAGUUUCAGGUCAGAGUUGAAGAUUUGGAAAAUGAACGAAAAUUGCUGGCUGACAGUUACAACAGACUCUUAGAAAACAUGCUGGAUGGCGGUCAUCAGCCUCCCUGGGGUGAAGAACUCAGCAGGGAGCAGCUACCUCAGCAGGUCUGUCCACUGCAGGACCAAAUGGGCCCUGAGCUGGAGGAGACUGAAGUCUUGCUUCAAGCAACCAACAAGCAAGAUGAAAAGCUGAACCUUGAAAGCACCAACAUCCUUUACCACCAGCAAGAAUGGGAAGAAGAGAGCAUCCAGACAAUAACCACAGAGCCACCAUCUCCAGAAGAGUGGUCUGAACUGCCUGCUCACCUCCCUUUGUUCCCACAGAUAACUCGGAGAGAGUCCAGCGAACCAAAUGCACAAGAAGAAAAUAAGCUGUCCCAGAUGCUAAGUGAGCUGCAAGUGUCACACGCAGAGACCACACUGGAGCUAGAGAAAACCAGAGACAUGCUUCUUCUGCAGCGCAAAAUCAACAUGUGCUAUCAGGAGGAGCUGGAAGCAAUGAUGACGAAAGCUGAUAAUGAAAAUAGGGACCACAGUGAGACACUAGAGAGGUUGAAUCACCUCCUAGACCUCAAGAACAGCCGCAUAAAGCAGCUGGAAGGUAUUUUAAGAAGACAUGGCCUUCCGAUAUCUGAGCAGCUCCAGGACAUUGCUUACGGCACCCUGCAAUCAUCACUGCCAGCCCACAGAGGUGAGGAUGAAGUGGACAUUUCUUUGCUGCACCCAAGUGAGAACCUUUUUGAACUGCACAUCCAGCAGGCUUUCCUGACACCUGAUGCCCUCGUACAGACCGGAGAUGCCCAACCUACCACUUUCUGCACUUAUUCCUUCUACGAUUUUGAAACUCACUGCACCCCGCUCUGUACGGGUCCACAGCCUCUCUAUGACUUCACCUCUCAGUACGUAGUGCAGUCAGAUCCCCUCUUCUUGCGCUACCUUCAGGGAACUUCAGUCCGGCUUGAUCUCCAUCAGGCUGUGGCUAGUGAGCAUCAUGUCCUUGCCACUGGAUGGAUUUCACUUGACAAGGUGUUAGAGACUGUGGAGAGAGUCCAUGGCUUGGCCACACUUACUGGAGCUGGUGGAGAAGACUUGGGGGUGUUAAAGUACUGGCUGAGGCUGUGCUUGCCUCUAAAAUCCAGCCUCCAGGCAUGCAAAAAGCGAAAGAAAGCCCAGGCCUACCGGUCAGUCAAUGUGCUUGGAGCUUGGAAGGCCCCGAAAGAUGAGUCCAGAUCCGAGACCCGGAUGCCUCGGAAUGAGCUGCGGAUUGAAAUCACCAGGUGCUGUGGCCUCCGGAGUCGAUGGCUGGGAGCUCAGCCCAGCCCAUAUGUCAUGUAUCGCUUCUUCACCUUUCCUGACCAUGACACCACCGUCAUUCCAGGCAGCAACAACCCAUACUUUAAAGACCAGGCUCUGUUCCCAGUGUUUGUGACGCCUGACCUGGACCAGUAUCUGAGGCAGGAGGCCCUGUCUAUAUAUGUUUUUGAUGAUGAAGACUCAGACCCUGGCUCCUAUCUUGGCCGAGCCCUCGUGCCCUUGCUGCCUCUUGCACAAAACAAAUCUAUCAAAGGUGAUUUUAACCUCAUGGACUCUUCGGACAACUCCAGUGGAUCCAUUGAUGUGCAACUACACUGGAAGUCUCAAUACAUGCCCCCAGAGGACUCCCUGAUGCCAGAACCUGAGAUGGAGGGGAAGGAAAACAAAGACAGCUUGGAAGCCUCAUUCACGGAAGAACUGGGCCCUUUUCUUCUCCAGGACCAGUUAGCAUCUACAGAGCCCCCCACUGAGUCUGGCCAGAGUCAAGUGAAGAGAAAAUCUGCAGCGGCAGUAAAGAAGCCCAAAGAACAUAAGGUUGUAAGCUACUCAAGAAGAAAACACAGCAAAAGAACAGGUGUCCAAGGCAAGAACCGAAUGGAAUAUCUGAGCCAUCACAUCAUGAGCGGGAACACACUACAGGUGCACUACACUGAUCAGAAGUUCUCAGGGCCCAAGCUGCCUAAGGAUGGUUGUUUGAAAGUUCAGGACAAGAAAGAGGAAACACCACCAUCACGUUCAGCAUCAAGACAGGAGGAUCCCUCACAAUCUGUAAAUGCCUCUUCUUUAGCAGAGGAAGAAUCCAGUGACCAAGCCUCUGAAGUCAGCGAAGGACAAACUACCGACAGUGACGAAGUCAUAGUGACACCCCAAUCUAAGAUGGGUCCUAAAGCCGAUUCGGAGAAGAUGUGCAUCGAAAUCAUCUCCCUGGCCUUCUGCCCUGAGGCUGAAGUCCUAUCUGAUGAGAAUAUCCAGCAGGUGUACGUGGAGUUCCAAUUCUAUGAUCUGCCUCUCUCAGAGACAGAGACUCCAAUGUCCCUGAGGAAACCGAGGGCAGGCGAAGAAAUCCACUUCCACUUUAGCAAGGUGAUUGACCUGGACCCAGUGAAGCAGCGAGGCCGAAGGCAGUUUUUGUUCGCCAUGCUGAAUGCUCAAGAUCCUGAGGAGGGGCGUUUAAAGAUUACAGUGGUCAGUGAUCCUGGGGAUGAAGAAAAGAAAGAAUGUCAAGAUGUAGGGUAUGCAUACCUUGAACUGUGGCAGAUAUUUCAAUCUGGAAGAGAUAUCCUAGAGGAAGAACUUGAGAUUGUGAGUCCCAGAAACCAGGCCAUCAAAAUUGGAAGGCUGAAGGUUUCCCUCAGAGCAGCUUCUGCCCUUCAUGGCAUUUACAAGGAAAUGACUGAAGAUGGGUUUUCAUGA